AUGUCAGUGUAUACAUUGUCUGUAGGCAGGCCUCCUGGUACAGGGUCGGAAUGUCCACCUUGUUUUAUUGUCCUGUCUUGGAUCUGCAUGAGGCAUGCUGAGGUGGGCGUUGAGCUGUCCUCUUCAAAGUCGCUGUUCUCCGCUUUGAGUGCGGCACUCGCAUCAACAACUCAAUUACAGCCAACCAGCACUCAAGGACCUAGAUUACCAAGUCCCACUGUUCUUGCAGGACACUGGGAUUACUGUAUCUCCCGACCCUAUUUCAGUCACUGGACCUCCCAACGUCAAAAAUCCACUACAGCAAUCUUUACUAGACAGGUGCAACCGCAAAAUGGUUCAUGGAAUGUCAUCAACCAGACCUUCCAUGAACUGAAGAGCUUGAUGUUCUGGGGGAUUCUCAAUUACACAAGGAUGUAUCUCCACCUGCCGCAGAGAUCCGGACCUGGUACUAGCCAUUUUGUCAAUGACCUCAACUAUGUCAAAUUUCAAUCUCUGUCCAGGAUAACUCCAAAUUCGGAGGCAUAG